AUGGACCUCGAGGUUGCGGGAACCGUAGAGCUCUACCUUACGAGGUCAAAGAAGUGCAACAUUUCGGUCAACUUCGUCCAAAGUCGUGCAUUGAACCCGUUGCUAGCGCGUUGGCAAUUGUCCCUUGUCAAUCUAGCAGGGCUGUUACGCGACCAUAUGCACAGAUGCUACGAGCUUCAUGUUUUCCAGGGUACCCCACAGGUAUACUCUCUCCUCUCCGACCCAGACUUGAAGAUGCCCUUGCUCGAGAGCCUCACUCUGCCCAUAGUCUCGGAUCUCCCCUUCAUCCGGUCCGCGACCAAGCUCCAAACGAUACGAGCCGAAUGUAUCGAGCGAAAUUUCAAGGGCUCUGCAACAGUCAAAAAUGUGGAACUCGCAACUACCAAACCGGGGGGAUACCUUCCAUCGUUUCCCAAAGCCAAAAUAGUCACGCUGCUCCCACUACGGACCCGUCGGACCCCUCCAACCAGCAGAGUUUUCCGCAGUAACUCCACCUCUAGCCUGACGGUCGUGGCAACCUGGGACACAAUGGUUACGAUCCAAGAAUUGCUCUGUGAAGUUGAGCUCCCGAACCUCGAAUCAUUGACACUCAGCCAUGUCGGUUUCCCGGGACCCCCGCUUCGCUCAGAUUGCAUCCGCAGACCACUGGAAGGGAGUUCGUCGUUGAAAGAGCUCACAUUACGGGAGUUUCCCAUUCGCUCACAGGAUAUGCUGAACAUCCUCGAGAUGGCUCCUCGCUUGACGUCGCUGAGCAUCUACGACUCAUCGUACCCGCUGGUCGGACCGUACAGGCCAAUCUCCAAGACCCUUUUAGUAGCACUGGAAGACCCCAAUAUAGUUCCCGACUUGGAGAAGCUCAACAUUUUCUGGCGAUACGAUGUCGACAUAGACGGUAGUCUGGUGGAACGUUUGCUUGAGACGCGAGGUGAUCGUCUUGUCGACAUUGAAACAUCCAAAGGUCGUAUAACAGCGCGUAGUCCGUGUGUACAUCAAGCAAAGAGGAAUUAG